GCCUGCCGGUCAGCCCCGUGGGACCCGCCCCCGGCCGUCGGGCCCGAGGGAGCUGAGCGGCGCGGGCAUGGCCAGCAUCACCCAGCUGUUCGACGACCUGUGCGAGGCCCUCCUGCCCCCUGCCAAGGCUCUCCUGGGCCAGCGCAGCCUGAGCCGCAGGCGGGCGAAGCAGAGCCUCAAGAGGAUGGCCUACAAUGCCCUCUUCACAAACCUUUUCCAAGACGAGACUCCCAAGCUGCAGCCUGACCUCUCAAGGCUCCCGGUGAAAAACAAGAUCCUCAUGCUGUCCUUUGACUUGAGAGUGGGGGGCCUGGGCCCCGAGGCUGACCGUCUGGAGGAGCUUGUGGGGCAACUCGAAGCAGCCCCUUGCUGUCCGCUGGUGGAGGUGGGGUCGGCUCUGGACCUGCUGGUUCAGCUGGCGGGCACUGGGCCCCCUCAAGUUCUGCCCCGAAAACGGGACUACUUCUUAAACAACAAGCAUGUCGGGAGAAACGUGCCCUACAGCGGCUACGACUGCUACGACCUGAGUGUGUUUGAGAUGGAUGUUCAGUCUCUGAUCUCCAGAGAGGAGUAUUUAUGUCAGGACAUGAUCCAGAAAGCGCUUCAGGUGAUGGAGGCGACGCCGGGCACUGGCCUGCCCACUGCCCGGCUCUUCUCUUACGGUGACCCUUAUGGUGACAGGUUUGAGAGAGACACCCGGGUCUCGCUCUUCGGAGCCCUUGUGCACAGUCGCACCUACGACAUGGAUGUCCGGCUGGACUUGCCCCCGGUGCCUGACAGCGCGGACCUCUUUGGACUGGCCAUCAAGGUGCCUCAGAGUGUGGACCCAUCCGAAGAUGAAGGGUUCCAGUCAGCAUCCAACUUGACUCCCGACUCCCAGUCUGAGCAGGGCACAACCCCAGAGAUCGACCCCUGGGAUGCCGUGCUCACCUAUGAGGCCAGCAAGCGGAGGUGUUGGGAACAAAUCGGCUGCCCCCCUGGCCACAGAGAGGAGCCCUACCUCACAGAGGCGGGAAGGGAUGCCUUCGACAGUUUCUGCAGGCUGUGCCAAGGGGAGCUGCAGGUGCUGGGCGGGAGCCUCCUGCAGGCAACGCAGCCCGUGUUGGUGCAGGAGUGCGAGCUGGUGAAGGAUGUGCUGAACGUCUUGAUUGGGGUUGUGUCUACCACAUUUCCCCUCUGCCAGCCAACUCAGGCCUUCAUGGUGAAGCGGGGGAUCCACGUGUCGGGAACGUCCCCUGAGAGCAUCAGCAGCCUCCUCUCAGAGGUGGCUGAGUGCGGGACCCACUAUGCACGCCUGAGCCACUUCUCUCUGCAGCCUGUGCUGGACGCCUCGUGCAGCAAGGGCCUCGUGUUCCAGGCCUUCACCAGCGGCCUGAGGAGGUACCUGCAGUAUUACCGGGCUUGUGUCCUUGCCACCCCGCCCACCCUGAGCCUCCUUACCAUUCGCUUUCUCUUCAAGAAGCUGGGCCGGCAGCUCAGGUACUUGGCUGAGCUCUGUGGUGUAGGUACCUGCGGAGGAGAGUCCAGGGCUUCUUUCCCCACUGGGGUGAAGCUGCUCUCCUACCUCUACCAGGAGGCCCUGGAUAACUGCAGCAACGAGCACUACCCGGUGCUGCUGUCCCUUCUCAAGACCAGCUGCGAGCCCUAUACUCGGUUCAUCUAUGACUGGGUGUACAGUGGGGUCUUCAGAGAUGUUUAUGGCGAGUUCAUGAUCCAGGUGAACCAUGAGUACCUGGGCUUCAGAGAUAAGUCCUACUGGACCCACGGCUAUGUGCUCAUCUCCAAGGAGGCGGAGGACUGUGUGCCUGCGUUCUUGAAGCACAUUGCUCACGACGUGUAUGUCUGCGGGAAGACCAUCAACUUGCUGAAGCUCUGCUGCCCCCGGCAUUAUCUCUGCUGGUCCGACGUCCCUGUCCCCCGGAUCUCUGUGAUUUUCUCCCCUGAGGAGCUGAAGGAGAUUGAGAAGGACUGUGCCAUCUACGUGGGGCGGAUGGAGAGGGUGGCCCGCCACAGCUCCAUCAGCAAGGAGGAGAAGGAGUUACGAAUGGAAAUUGCUAAACAAGAGUUAAUCGUCCAAGCCCGAGAAGCAGCGUCCAGGGUCCUUAGUGCACUGAGCGAUCGGCAGAUGUCCGAACGGAUGGCCUUGGAUGCCCGGAAGCGAGAGCAGUUUCAGAGGCUGAAAGAGCAGUUUGUGAAGGACCAGGAGCGACGCCGGGCAGCCAGGCAGGAGGAGCUGGAUGACGACUUCAGCUACGCCCGUGAACUCCGGGACCGGGAGAGGAGGCUGAAGGCCCUGGAGGAGCAGCUGGAGAGGAAGGCGAGGCAGGCGCUGGUUGACCAUUAUAGCAAGUUGUCUGCAGAGGCAGCUCGUCGAGAGCAGAAGGCACUGUGGAAAAUCCAGAGGCACAGACUGGCGGGUGUACGGGCUCGCUUUCUCUUAGAAGACCAGGAACAUAUUCAGGCCAUGCUGAAAGAUGCGUCCAAGGGGAAACCCCCAGAGCCGCCGACUGUCCUCCUGAGUGCAUGCUCCCAGGCCUUGUCUCCAUGCCCUGAGCACCCCGAUGGAGGUGGCAGCUGUGAUUCUGGGUGUGCAGAGCAGCACAUGACUGCCUGGGAUGGCCCAAGCAGACCAAGUGAGCUGACGCCACAGCCCCUUGAGCCUCUAGCAACGGCCUGCGGCGGCUCAGAGCUGGGAGCAGGCCCACAGCCAGAGCAGGCAGAGGUGCUGGGACCAUUCUCUGCAGGCCUGAGCAUCCAAGAUUUCCUGCCCAUGGGCCAGGGUGCUGAGCAGCUUGUGGACACUGGUGUGGCCCCUGUCUUGGAGGAAGCACUGCAGACCAUUGGCUCAGACCUUCCCCCCUCGGCUUCAUCAGCAACAGCAGGCACAGGGUGCUCUGGGCCACAGGAGUACGAUUUCAGAACCGUCCUGAGGCCAGCUGUAGUCAUGGCCCCAGGGUCUCUCCAGACUGUAGGAGGUAGCUUGGGCUUUGAGGGGCUGCAGCUGUGGGGGGACAGUCACGUGCAGCUCGACACGUGUGUUCCGGAUGGACAGGUGACUCUGCCUUACCCACACCCGCCCAGGAACAACUUCCCCCAGGAGAGGAGUAGCCAGGCCAUGGGGCAGCCCCCUGGGCAUGUGUCAGAGGAUGGUAUUCUCACAGGGGGUUAUGCUUCCGGAACGGCCCCCUCCCGGCCACGGUGGAACGUCCAUGGACAUGUGUCUGAUGCCAGCAUCAAGGUGGGAGAGAAUGUGUGGGAUGUGGCACCCUCCCGGCCACGGUGGAACAUCCACGGACAUGUGUCUGAUGCCAGUAUCAAGGUGGGAGAGAAUGUGUGGGAUGUAGCAUCCUCCCGGCCACGGUGGAACGUCCAUGGACACGUGUCUGAUGCCAGCAUCAAGGUGGGGGAGAAUGUGUGGGACGUGGCAUCCUCCCGGCCACGGUGGAACGUCCACGGACACGUAUCUGAUGCCAGCAUCAAGGUGGGAGAGAAUGUGUGGGAUGUGGCAUCCUCCCGGCCACGGUGGAACAUCCAUGGACAUGUGUCUCAGUCCCAGGUGAUGCUGGGGGUGCUCCCAGAGGAAGCCCAGCCUGAUACGCCCAGACCCCUUCAGAGUCCCCCUGACCACGUGUCCCAGUCAGGCCUCAGCCUGGAAGCACAGAGCCCUCCUAGGGAACAUGAUUCACAGCUGCUGGCAGCCCCAGCCCCAGACAGCUCCUGCACUCGGGUGGCUGGCUCUGGCUCUGGGGAAGGUGGCCUCCAGGCCAUGCCAUCUGCUGAGGCUGAGCCCAGUGCUCUGGGAGACAGCAUUUCUGAGGAGCCAGGCCCAGGGAAGAGUGGGGACAUCGAGGACUGCUCUCCAAGCCGGCCUUCAAGCUCACAGGAAGGUGCAGCCGCCCAGAGCAGCCCAGGCCUCGGGGAGCAGGUGGACGACGGGGCAGUGGCCAGGAACCAGGGCAGGGAGCAGGCUUACCUGGCAGGCCUGGCGGAGCAGUACCGCCUGGAGCAGUACCCCGACAGCUACGAGGCCAUGUCAGAGCCUCCUGUCGCACGCCUCCUACACCACGGGCUUCCUCGGGCCUUCGCCCUCCCCGAGGACACCCGGGGCCCGUCGGACACAGAUGAGACCAUGGACGAGACCGCAGUGCAGCUGAGCGAGCUGCUGCCGCUGCCGGUGCUCAUGAAGCACUCGGUCACCGCGCCGCUGGCCGCCCACGUCUCCCUGGUGAACAGGGCCGCCGUGGACUACUUCUUCGUGGAGCUGCAGCUGCAGGCGCACUUCGAGGCCCUGCGGCACUUCCUGCUGAUGGAGGACGGCGAGUUUGCGCAGUCCCUGAGCGACCUGCUCUUUGAGAAGCUGGGCGCGGGGCAGACGCCCGGGGAGCUCCUCAACCCGCUGGUGCUCAACGCGGUGCUGCGCAAGGCGCUGCAGUUCAGCCUGCACGGCGACUCCCCGCUUGCUGCCAACCUCUCCUUCGCCCUCAAGUUCCUGCCGGAGGCCUUCGUCCCCAACGCCCCGGAUGUGCUGAGCUGCCUGGAGCUCAGGUACAAGGUUGACUGGCCCCUCAACAUCGUCAUCACUGAGAGCUGCCUGAGCAGGUACAGCGGCAUCUUCUCCUUCCUGCUGCAGCUGAAGCUCAUGAUGUGGACGCUCAAGGACGUCUGUUUCCACCUCAAGCGCACAGCCCUGGUGAGCCCAGCCGCGGGCUCUGUGCAGUUCCGCCAGCUGCAGCUGUUCAAGCAUGAGAUGCAGCACUUCGUGAAGGUCAUCCAGGGCUACAUCGCCAACCAGAUCCUGCACGUCACCUGGUGUGAGUUCCGGGCCAGGCUGGCCACUGUGGGCGACCUCGAGGAGAUCCAGCGUGCCCACGCUGAGUACCUGCACAAGGCCGUCUUCAGGGGCCUGCUGACCGAGAAGGCAGCGCCGGUCAUGAACAUCAUCCACAGUGUCUUCAGCUUGGUCCUCAAGUUCCGCAGCCAGCUUAUCUCCCAGCCCUGGGGCCCAGCCGGUGGCCCCCGUGGCGCCGAGCACCCCAACUUUGCCCUCAUGCAGCAGUCCUACAACACCUUCAAGUACUACUCCCACUUCCUUUUCAAAGUGGUGACCAAGCUAGUGAACCGAGGCUACCAGCCCCACCUGGAGGACUUCCUGCUGCGCAUUAACUUCAACAACUACUACCAGGAUGCCUGAGGCCUGCUCUGUGGCACCCAGGGGCAUGCCACUUAGGGAUGCCUCCCUUGGUUGGGUCCCGGGCCCAGGCUGGGGGCAGAAUGAUUACACAGAGAUGGACCUUGGAAGCUGCUGGUUUAUUUAGGGGCUGGCUCCCUACAAGCAGGAGCCAUGCAGUGCUGCCCCUCCCAGGCUGCCACGGUGGUCUGUGGCUCCUUUGCCCUGGGCCUGGUCCCCUCUGCUGAGCUGUCCUUGCAUGAGGCCGCUUUUUAUGGGGCGCAUGUUGGUUGUGGGACUGCUGGGCUGCUGAGUCGGCGUCAGACAGAGACGGGUCAGGUCCUGACUGGACGUCCCUGCCGUCAUGGAGAGACGGUGAUGGGGUUGCUUGCUGGCUGGGCACCGCCUCGUGGACUCAGCAUGACUUGGAGCCUUGGGGGCCUCCCAGUGUGGAAGCCUCCAAGGCGGUUACGAGGAUCACGUCACACACAGUUCCGCUGCCCAGAGCGGGGGCUUGCUGCUGUAGGAGUGUCG